CUUUGCCACGUGCUUCCGCCACGAUGACGACGACGGUCGGCGCCCCAGAAACGCUGCAGCAUGGCGUGGCCGAAACCCUCGAGUUCGAACCGGUGUCGAUGGGCGAGUACCUCCCAUCGCCGCGGAGCACGGACGUCGAAUCCAUCGGCGAGUCGCAGCCACUCGUGCAUGAUGCCAAAGAACACAAGGAACACCACCACCACGAAGGCACGAUUAUUGGGUCGACGAUCACCCUGACCAACACAAUCUUGGGUUCUGGCACACUCGCUGUACCGUUCGCAAUUGCGUCGAGCGGGUACGGUGUCGGCGUUGCAGUCAUGGUUACGAUCGCGCUUCUGACUCAGUACUCGGUACAUUUGCUCAUGCUGGCCAGUGACGCCGCGGGUAACGCUGCGGCCAAGACGUACGAAAGCCUCGGACACCACACGAUGGGCAAGUGGGGCACCUACCUGGCCGAGUUUACCUUUAUUUUCGGUGGUUUUGGCACUCUCACGUCGUACUUUAUCUUUAUCACGGACCUGUUUUGCGUCGUGCUCGCCGUGCCCAAGGCCUUCCGUGCGUGGGUCACCGUGGCAUGCACCGUCGUUGUCAUCCUGCCGCUCUCGUUGCUCCGCAAGCUCGGCAAGCUGCGCCUGUCCUCGCUCCUCGCGACGUGUGCGGUCGGCUACGUCGUCAGUUUGUUCUUGGUUGUGUACGUUGUGGUGCAAACCUCAAACAACCCGCUCGUCGUCGACGCUCCUGCGAUGCGCUUGUCGUCCAACUCGGUGUACACUGUGACGCUGUUGAUUCAAGCGUUUGCGUGCCACAACACUGCUCUCCCCGUGUACGAAGAGCUUCAGGACCGCAGCAUCAAGCGCAUGAACCAAGCCGUGUUUGGUGCGAUAUCCCUCGCGUUUGGACUCUACUCCGUGAUCGGGUUGUGUGGGUACUUUACGUUCGGCGCGGCCACCAUGGACAACAUCCUGGUCAACUUCACGCCCGAAUUCGUGGCGACGUAUCCUGGUGUCCGUGAACCGUUGCUGUUUGGCCGGCUCUGCAUGGCAAUUGCCUUGCUCUUCUGCGCGCCGAUUGCCACAUGGCCGUUCCGAUCGUGCGUGUUGUCCGUGUUUCUUCGUGUGAAAAACGGUCACCAAACGCCGAGCUCGGCCGCGACCGACACGGAAUUCCGCGUCAUCACGGCGGCGUUGCAGGGCCUGAUCUUGUUUGCCGCGAUCUUUGUUCCGUCCGUCAAAAUUCCGUUGAGCAUCGUCGGGUCGGUCGCCGGAUCGUUGAUCAUUUUCAUCAUGCCGUCGCUCUUUUACGCGCUCCAGCACCGCCCCGUCGUGUCGUGGGCGAACACAGGCCCGCUUUUCAUGUUGGCGCUUGGAGCAUGUGUGUUUGUCCUGUGCUUCAGCAUGACCAUGCUCAAGCUCAAAAAGGAAUUCUUUCCAUGAGCACGGUCCUGGCAAACACAUUCACUUGAGAGCGUGUGAAAAUGUACAUAAUAAACGUGUUCAAGACGUUCGAGACUGCGAGGGGGUCGGUCGACUGGACCCGUUCCGAAGCACGGCUAGUGGCCAGCGCAUCGUCGCUCACACGAAUCGACGUUGAUGCUGGCCACGGUGCAUGCCCACAGAAAGGGUGCAUGUGCAUGGGCCUAGUAAAAUUAUCCACGCGGUGCUGCGUGUACAACCUGGGAUGGCAAGUGUGCACGUGGAUCGCGCGGCUCGCCGACCGACUUUAGUGCGGCAGGGUGAAUAGAGCUCGUCGACAAUGGAACGCCCGACAAAGUGACGAC